AUGGAUCUUCAACCUAGCUUGCAGACUCUGGGUAUAGAUGACCUGGCUGAUAUUACUCUCAACGAACUCGAGGGUAGAAUUCAACAUGUACACCCCAACCAAUUAUCCAAACAGGACGUGCUCCAAGUAUUCAUGAGAUGGCUUCAUGAACGAAUUAAAAAAGACAUCCAACAGAAGUCUUUGUUAUCAGAAUUUGCCAACCUGCUUUUGACAGGCGGGAAGCUGCAACAGGGGCCAUUUAGCGAAGAUGAAGUUGCAGAAGCCCUCAAAGAAUGGCAAAGAAAGGAUGCUGUGGAAACCCCUGCAAACAUACGUAGGUAUCAGAUGGUACAGCUAGAUUUCCAUGAGUUAUUUGAGCAGGCCAGGCGUGGCUCCAGGCAAGAGAAAGAUUCGUCCACGAGAUCAACUUCAAGCCAGGAGGAAAACUCCUUAGUCCGUCUGAACAAACUGAUUAACUCUCAAGAUAUAGCUGAAAUGGAAAUGAUGGAAUCGACAGCCCCGUGGGUACCUAGUGGGGGAAAGCAGAAGACGGGUGCCAACGAAAUUCCUCUAGGGCGAAAGGCCGACCUACGGAGCAACAUCUACAACGAGAUCGUCAAAAUUAAGGAAAAGAACAAGAAGAAGAGCUCAACUAAAGUUAAUAAAUUAUCACCCGUAGAACAGGCAGGAAAGUUGAGUUCGGGGGACGUAACUUCAAGGGAGGCUAGCCCAAUCAAAAGUUACGAGCCCGUCAUAUCAGACUAUUCUUCGCUGAAUAUGCCUCCCUAUUUAGCCACAUCUCCCCCAUACGGGUAUAUUUGCAAGCGUUGCGACCAGCCAGGACACUGGAUUCAGCUUUGCCCUACUAAUUUGGACCCAAAAUGGGACCAACCACCUCCCCAGUAUUAUCGAUGUGAAAUCUGCAAAGUAUCUGGCAGGCAUUUUGCAACGUUGUGUCCUCAAAAUGAGUAUGAGCUCUCCUUAACGCAACAGCGUCUUCGUAUUAAAGAUCAACCAAAGACGCCUGCGCGAGAAUAUUCCCAUUACCGAGACCGUUCUCCUUUCACGCCAUCUCCCCGCGGCCGCUCUCGAAGUCCUGCCUACUAUUCACAACGUAAAAGUCAUGGUGCUUAUAGACAAGACAAAAGCCCGAAGGAUCGAUCCUAUAAUUCAGGCGGCCGAUACAAAUCGCAAGACGACCGUAGAAGUGUCUCGCCUUGGACAGCGCGCGAGCGCAUGACUCGAGGGUCAUAUCAUAGAGAAGAGUCUCCUCGUGAAUACUCUUUGAGUAGUUAUCGUCUGAGAAGGCGUCCAACCACUCCGCCUCGAGAGAGUCGAAAGCGAGUCAAAACCCUCCCCCCCGAAGAACGACGCCGCCCGUUCUUAGAUUUAAAUAAGACUAAGAAAAAAGCGGACGAGGGGAGGCUUGGAUAUGACAAUGAUGAAUUUAUGGGUUCGCAUAUUUCUCUGGUAAUGCCAAAGGAAACUUCCCUUCCCGAGAGUCGUCUCUCGGAUACGGUUGAAAGUAAGGAUGAACUGAUGGCGGACGCAGCAUCAGUCCCUAAAGAUACGGAUGAAGACGUUGAGAAAGCUAGAAAAGAAGCAACCGAAUUCCUCGACGCUCUCGCGGUUGAAAUUUUCUCAGGCAGAACGCAAGCUCCUCUUCUUACAGACGAGGUGAACAUCGACGGAAGUAAGAAAUAA